AUGGACACCCAUCAUGUGAACCUGAAUUUUUUCCCGCACGAUGAGGAAGAAGAAAGGGUAAACAUAGCAAGUAAUUUCAACCUGCACUGCUCGCGCGAGCUCCUUAAACAGUUAAAGCUAAAUGAAAAUGACAACGUUGUUAUGUGCCGUACCAAGGGAGGAAGGAAGGCAUAUGUCUGCUGCUGCGUGAAGGGGUGUUCUGAAUUGAAUUUGAAAAAACAGACAAAGUGGAAUGACGUCUUUGCGAAUGCAUUUUUGUUGAGCAGUUUGAACAUUGGCGUGUCGAGCGAAAGUGAGGAGGAGGAUGAUGAUGGUGACGAAAACGAGCAUGCCGGCGGGGGAAGCAAACCUGGGAGCAAGAAGCAAUCUCACAAGCAGCAACCUCACAAACGGCAACCUCACAAACGGCAAUCUCACAAGCAGCAACCUCACAAACGGCAAUCUCACAAACAGCACCACAACGUGCGCGUUGAAAUGAGGAAGGCGGAGCUGUACACCCCCAUCAAACAAAUAAAACUUGGAGUGCAGGAAAUAAUUAACGAACCGUAUGAAAAUUUGAAGGAGUAUUACCAUGAUGAUCAUAGUAGCUAUAUGUUGCAGACCUUUUGGAAUAAUCUAAAAAGUAAGAACAUGGAGAGGUACAUAAAUCUGUCCUUGUUAAAUACUUGCUUGUUUCCAGGAAACUGCCUCAAAAUUUGUGUGCUGGGUGUGCAUACGCGCUUGACCGUCACAGAGUUGGUUGUCCAAAUGAAAGAGAAGCAACACUGGGAUGUGGCUCCGCUCGGUAAGGAUUUCCGCGUCCCCUAUGUGAGUCAGGGUAGCAAGAUUGUCGUGGAGAGGGCGGCCGCGGUUCGGUCGGAGAGUGCAAGCAGUGCAAGCAGGGGUGACCGCGGCGAUGCAAGCAGGGAUGACAGAAGUGAUGACAACGUAAGAGGUGCCCACCCCGGGGGAAACGGAACCGAACAAGAGCCCAUUGAUGAGCCCAAUGAUGAGCCCAACGAGCCCAGUGAUGGCCCCAACGAAGGCGCACCCCCCCGUGACAGCGCCAAAAAGAUCAAAAAGGGAAAAGAAAAAAAUUACCAAAAAAAUACAGAAAGCCGAAAAAAGAAGGGACUAAAAAAAAUAGGAGGGUACAACAAAAUUAAGGAUGAAAUUUAUUACUACAUUUUAUUGCCACUGAUUUAUAAAAAUGUAUAUGAUGAAUUCCACAUCGAUAUAAACAGAGGCAUUUUGCUACAUGGACCUCCAGGGUGUGGAAAAACCUUCAUUGCUUUGGCCAUCAAGGAGGAGUUACAACAAUUGAGGAGAAAAUUAUCACACAUGAGGUUGAAAGACAAAAUGAAUCACCUAAUUAGAUCAAAAAAGGAGGAAGCAGCAGAGCAAUGUAGAGAGGCACAAACGGACUGUCACAACGAAAGUAGCCAUUUAAUUUAUGACCAUCUUAGGGAAGACAUCGUCCUGCCAGAAAUGGAAAUCCUAAAAAGUACCGACCUAAUCGAUAACAACAACAGUGGAUCGAAGAUUAAUGAACUAUUUCUAAGGUGCUACAAGAGAUACAAAGAAGAAAAUAAAUGCUCAAUCGUGUUCAUUGACGAAAUUGAAAUUCUUUGUGAGAAGAGAGAAAAUGCAAACAUAAAUUUGUAUACUUCUACUUUGCUUAACAAUAUGGAUGGAAUAAAAAAGAACACACACACCAUAUUGAUAGGGGCAACAAACUACAUUAAUCAAAUGGAUUUAGCCUUGAGGAGAAGUGGAAGGUUUGACAAAGACAUCGAGAUAAAUCUCCCUAACUUGAAAGACCGAAUUUCCAUUUUUAAGAAGAAGCUAAACAGAAUCCAUCACAACAUAAGUGCGAAGCAAAUUAAAGAAAUUGCAGACUUGUGUCAGUCCUUCACUUGCUCGGAUAUCAACGCGUUAAUAAAUGUAUCCAUGUACAUGUGUUUGAGGGAAAAUCGUAUUGUGUCUCGCAGGGCGUUUAGGGGGACCUUACGAGGCUCGCACAACGGGGAGGGGGUCGAAGAAGGGGGAAAAAAGGGAGAAGUACCGGGACAAAAUAACGCGGAAGAACCGGGACAACAUGACGCGGGAGAACCGGGACAUAAUAAUGCCGAAGAAUCGGGACAAAACAACGCGGAAGAACCGGGACAACAUGACGCGGAAGCAAAGGCAACCCAGGGAGCACUCCAAGAUGGGGCAGACCGGGGAUGUCGACCUUCCCCCAAACCUGGCGAACCAGCGCACCUUCUCAAAUAUAAACACCUGCUGAAGGGGCUAAAAUAUGUGAAGCCCUCCGGCAUGAAAGAACUCUACGUAGAUAUCCCCAAGACAAGAAUCAAAGACAUAGGGGGCUACCAAUUUGUGAAGAGGUGCAUUAAGGAGUGUUUAAUAUACCCCAAAAAAUACAAACAGGUGUAUGAAAAAUAUAACAUACAGAGCCCCAAGGGCAUAUUGCUGUAUGGCCCUCCAGGGUGUUCCAAAACUCUGUUCGCAAAAGCUAUAGCUAGCGAAAUAAACAUGAAUUUUAUCAGUGUUAAGGGGCCAGAAAUUUUCUCUAAAUAUGUUGGAGAAUCUGAAAAGACAAUCAGAAAUAUAUUUAAGAAAGCUCGGGAAAAUAAUCCCUGUGUAAUUUUCUUUGACGAAAUUGACUCCAUCGCUGUGAACAGAAAUUUGAACCAAAAUUUCGUCACGAACAGGGUUCUAUGUCAGCUGCUAAACGAAAUUGACGGAAUUUACAACCGAGUCGAUGUAAUAAUUUUGGCAGCCACCAACCGACCCGAUCUUAUCGACCCCGCUUUGUUAAGACCGGGAAGGUUCGAUCGAAUUAUUUAUGUCCCUCUUCCAAAUUAUAAGUCUAGAUUAUCUAUUCUUAGGAAGACUCUAAAGUUUUACAAAAUUAAUAAUAUGAUAAAUGGACGGGGGGGAAAUGGCUCCCCAAGUAAAUCCUGCGUGGGGAGGACCAACGAGGAAGGACUUCCCAGCGGUGGGAGGACCAACGAGGAAAGACGUCCCUGCUUGGGGAGGACCAACGAGGAAGGACUUCCCAGCGGUGGGAACUCCCCCCCCUUGAAAAGGGACCUUCUGUCAGAAGAGAGAGCAAUCGAAUCGCAUCGGAAUCCUUCCCCAGACACCGCCAAAACGCGCACUGUGGAAAAACUACAAAUGGAGAGCGAAAAACAUUAUGUUGACUGUAACGCGGAUUCGUGUACCCCCACGAAUACCGUACAGGAGAACGAAGAGAAAGCGCUAAAUCGGAUCAAUCUUUCGAUAUGUGAAAAAGGUGAGGGAAAUGCCAAAACGAUAAAUGAAGAACAGUUUCCAGGGGGGGGGGAUUUUCCAAAGGAUGCAAACAACAGCGGUCAUGUGAAGGGGGACUACCAAAGGGAACCCCUGCCUCAUGAUAAUAAUUUCACACAGCUGUGCCAAUUUUUGGCCAAGAAUACAAAAAAGUACAGCGGUGCGGAAAUUGUAAAUAUCUGCAGAGAAGCAUCCAUAUGUGCAUUACGAGAGACUCUGAAAAAAUGCAGAAAUGAAAAACAAAUGCGGAGGGGAUCCUUCCCCAGAAGUUCUUUGGUUGGUCUCAGCAAAGAGCAUUUUGUGAAGGUCUUAAAAAAAAUUAAACCGCAAACAUCCGACAAGCUUAUAAAUUUCUAUAAAAAGUAUAACGAACAAAAAAAAGG